GCGUUGUGCGUCGGCUGACAUCUUUAGUCGACGCGAUGGCUGAGUAUUUAGCUUCAAUUUUUGGUACAGAAAAGGACAAAGUAAAUUGCUCCUUUUACUUCAAAAUCGGAGCUUGCCGUCACGGUGAUCGAUGCUCUCGCAUACAUAACAAACCUACUUUCAGUCAAACAUGCCUGCUACAGAAUUUGUACGUAAAUCCUCAGAAUUCUGCGAAGAGUGCCGAUGGCUCUCAUUUGGUGGCCAACGUAUCCGACGAAGAGAUGCAGGAGCAUUACGACAACUUCUUCGAGGAUGUAUUCGUUGAAUGCGAAGAUAAGUACGGUGAAAUUGAAGAAAUGAACGUGUGCGAUAACCUCGGGGAUCAUCUCGUCGGUAACGUUUACAUCAAAUUCCGAAAAGAAGAGGAUGCUGAGAAAGCAGUCAAUGAUUUAAACAAUCGUUGGUUUGGAGGAAGACCAGUUUACGCUGAAUUGUCGCCAGUAACCGAUUUUAGGGAAGCUUGCUGCCGACAGUAUGAAAUGGGCGAAUGCACAAGAUCAGGAUUCUGUAAUUUCAUGCACUUGAAGCCAAUCUCACGCGAAUUGAGGCGUUAUCUCUACAGUAGAAAGAAGGGCGCGAAAUGCGGAGUAGGGGGCGGAAGAUCGUCAAGAUCUCGUUCACGGUCUCGUGCUCGAAUGAACGAGCAAAAAAAGAAAAGGUCUCGUUCUCGAGACAGGAGGUCAAGGUCCAAGGAACGAAGAAACAAGGGUGGAGGCGGCAGGGAAGACAAAGGACGUGAUGGUCGAUCAGGCCGGUAUUAAAAUGCCCUUCUCCUCUGAUUAAGUCACUCUAAUUUUUAAUUUUUAAUUUUUCCAAGAGCAGAACAAAGCAGAGGUAUUAUUAUGUAGUAUCUUAAUGUUGCGUGUGCAAGUUGCUCUCAAGCAAUUUACCAUAUAUAUAUAUUAAAAAAAAAAACUGUUUACCGAAAGUCGAAUUUCGGGCCGAAUUUUAAUCGAGAUUACGAUUUUAUUUGUAUAGGCAACCAGUUUAUUUAAUUGACUUUUUGAAUCGGAUUUUAUUUUAAUAAGUAACUUAAAUUGACUGUUUUUUCUAGAAAUGAUUGAGUAAAUAAAGUAAUGAUCG